AUGCUGAUCUACACCAAUCACAAUGCUCCUAUGUUUAAGUUAAUAAGAAUCUCAUUGAAAGAUAAAUCAAUUAAAGAAGUCAUACCUGAAAAUCCUCAUCACUUGUUGUACUCGGCUACGCCAGUUGCCAACGAUCGCCUUGUUGUCAUCUAUAUUGAAGAUGUAAAGCAUUCCUUGUACGUGCAUGAUCUCAACACGGGGUCACGACUAUAUUCGAUCCCACUAAAAAUGGGGGAAAUUUCCAUUUCUUCCGCUAAGAAAAAAUACGCUGAAAUGUUUCUCUGUUUCGAAUCUUUUUUGGUCCCCACCAUCGUCUACCGUCUGGAUUUUGCAGCCGCUGACAGGGAUGUCGCACCAGAGUUACAGGAAUUACGACGAGUUCGUGUACCUGGAAUGGAUGAAGAAGAUUUCGCGGUGCGGCAAGUAUUUUACGAGAGUAAGGACAAAACUAAGAUCCCCAUGUACAUCAUUUCAUUGAAAGCAGCGCAGAGGAACGGUGAUAGCCCAACAAUACUGUAUGGCUAUGGAGGGUUCGGUACCUCUAUGAUGCCGGGACUUGCCCUUGAUCGACUUUUUUUUGCGAGACACUUCAAUGGUUACAUGGCAUGGGCUAAUCUUCGUGGCGGAGGGUAA